GUUUAGUUGUCUGGACAUCGGAACCGCGAACGGAUCGAAAUGCGGGCUGAAACAUAUAUUUCUACGAUUUUGCUAAUCGUAUGCUGCAGUGGAAAUCCACUGAUGGUUGCUGGUAGUCGCAUGAGAAUGCCCAAGUUGCCGGCGGCGGUAGAAGGCUUUAACUGCCGGAACGAGAGCAUCGGAUUCAACUUUAACCUGACACGACUAUCUGGCUACUGGUAUGAGGCUGCCCGAGUGCCCAAUCUCCAGGUACUGGAGUGCCUGAAUGUCUCCGUUCCCGCUGAGAUCGAGAACAACACCCUUUCGCUGGACUUGAACUUCAUCAGCACAGUCAACAAUGAUUGGCAGUUCACCAAUGAAUCGGUCAAAUUUCCCUGGGACGACUCCACACAGCUGGGCGUCUUUAAUCUGCAGUACGAUAAAGUUAUGGUCACAUACAAGUUGAUGUACACGGACUACGAUAACUUGGCACUCAUCUGCGGAUUCGGAAGCAUUUCGCCCGUCCCCCUCUUCAAGCUCUUCACUCGGAGGCGGGAGAUCAGCCAGGAGAUGAUUGACUUUGUCCAGUCUGUGGCCGAGGAAAACGGCGUUGCUUCCCAGAUUGCGUGGGACAAGCAGUCCCCGGAUGAGUGCAAUGCAUCCAGGGCUCAAGCUCCUCUGGCAAUUCUCGUGGGCUCAAUCACUCUACUCUGGGGUCUCAGCUUGGGAAUACGAAUUUGUACUUAGGCUAUAUUAUUUACUUACUGAGUAUUCAUUUUUUACUACAACUAUCAGUAAAAACUCUUAUCAUAAUUGUCUUUUUUAUUUCAAA